AUGCAGGGCAUCGUGGUCGCAACGUCUAAAGAUCAGAAACAGUGCACCGUGGACGACGGCACAGGUGUCUUGCAUCUGGAGCUCAAGGUUUUCCUGAAGAAUGCGCCUCCGGGUGUUGAUGCUCGACCGCAAUUGGGUGACUACAUAAUGGCCAUCGGUCCGAUGCUGAAGACCAAGACAGACACUGCGGUAUCGACGCGCACACUGGUGGCUCAUCAGGUUGUCAAGCUGGACACCAAACUACAACGUGAGCCCAUGUGGUUCUUAGAAGUUAUUGAGUACUGGACGUCCCUGUACAUGCUCAUUGUCGAUCCUUGA